AUGGCUAAGCAACGAUACGGAGAGGACCGACCCGUCUCGGACGCAUCAUCCUUGGGUCGGCCCCUGCAAUUCGCCUUUUCAAAACGAACAGCCAAGAAUAGGUUCUUGAAGGCAUCCAUGACUGAACGACUUUGUACGUGGGACCUCAAGGACGCCAGCAAGCGCGGCAUCCCUACCCCCGAUGUCAUCAAUGCUUUCAAGUGGUUCGGAGAAGGAGGCAUUGGUGUCAUCCUUACGGGAAACUUGAUGGUUGACCCCGUCAACAUCGAAGGCCCGGGCAACCUCAUCAUCCCCCCCGACGCCCCAUUCGAGGGCCCGCGCUUUGAAAGCUAUAAGCGUCUGGCGUGGGCUGGCAAUCAUGGCGGGAGCUUGAUGAUUGGCCAAAUCUCCCACGCGGGCCGCCAGGUGCAGAGCCGGCUCCAGCCUGACCCCGUCUCGGCGUCGGCUGUUCAUCUCGCCAAGGAGGUUUGGGGCAUGAAGUUUGCCAAGCCCCACGCGGCCAGUCGUGGGGAGAUCAGGGGACUUGUGCAGGCGUUUGCGCACUCGGCCGAGUACCUCUACAAGGCCGGCUUCGAUGGCGUGGAGCUGCACGGUGCCCACGGCUACUUGCUCUCCCAGUUCCUGUCCCGGAGGACCAACCAGCGCACCGACGAGUACGGCGGGAGCAUCGCGAACCGGGCCCGCAUCAUUGUGGAAAUUGCCUCCGCAAUCAGACGACGCGUCCCCCUCUCGGCCGGGUUCGUCCUCGGCGUCAAGCUUAACUCGGUCGAGUUUGACGAAAAGGGGUUCACGCCUGAAGAGUGCGCCGACCUAUGCGUGCUCCUUGAGCAGCAGUGUCAGUUUGACUUUGUGGAGCUUUCCGGGGGCACGUACGAGGACAUGGCCUUUGAGCACAAGAGCGACACGACCAAGAAGCGCGAGGCCUUCUUCCUCGAGUUUGCCGAGUCGAUUGUGCCGAGGCUCAAGGAGACCAAGGUCUUUGUGACCGGAGGCCUCCGGACCGUCAGCGCCAUGGUCAAGGCGCUCGAGGUGGUUGACGGUAUCGGGCUGGCCCGCACGCUCUGCGCAGAACCAAACCUGCCAAGAGACAUCCUCGACGGCAAGGUCAACACGGGAGGGGUAGUUCAAAAGGUGAAUAACCAAGACUAUGGCCUGACCGAGACGGUGGCAGGGACGCAGAUCCGGCAGCUUGGGAGGAACCAGUGCCCAAUGGAUCUCACCAAUGACGAGGUGGUCGAGGCUUUCAGCAAGAGUGUGGAGAAGUGGGAGAAGGCCCUGGAGGCUGACGGGGACAAGAUGGAACUGUACGGCUACGUAGAUUUAGAGGGCAUUGAGCUGGCCCCAAUGAGCAACCAUGAGUCGUACCUUAUUUAA